AAGGUUUGUCCCCGACUGUCGACUAGUUUUGCUGAAAUCGAUGCUGGUCAAACGGACGCACACCCUAUCCCAGGUCCACAUGCCGCGAGCUGGCUGCAGCUGUCUGUGACUGUGACACUGGCAGACCAGUGACAGUGCGACGCACGCGCACGAGCGGCUGGCGGGAGGCUAGCAUGGAGGCGAGUCUCCACCGUUCUCUAUGGUCUCCACGGAAGGAAAGUUUGAGCAUGGGUUUCCGUGUAAUGUGCAGGAACUGACCCAAACGACGCACUAUUCCACAAGAGACCUCAGGGGGGCGCUGUUUCUACCAGGACGUGUUCUGUACAAUAUGGUCUGUAGGCCACUUGACUAAAAAAGGGGCAGGCUGUGUAUACAAGUCUGUGCUCCCAUUCAUGCAGCGUAUAGCAGUCCCCGCCGAGUCGACAGCCAGGCCGUGUCACAUCCUCGUCAAAACAGAUAGCUCUGCUCUAUAACACUGUUAGAAAGGGUUGUGACCCUGUAAGGUAGUAGCCACCAUGGCAGAAGCUCACCAGGCGGUGGCCUUCCAGUUCACCGUUACCCCUGAUGGUAUCGACCUACAGCUGUGCCACGAGGCUCUACGCCAGAUCUACCUCUCUGGUCUCCACUCCUGGAAAAAAAGGUUCAUUCGCUUCAAGAAUGGGGUAAUGACUGGUGUGUACCCGGGCAGCCCUGGUGGCUUCAUGGUAGUGGUUGUGUCCUACAUGUCCUACAAUAAAUAUAACCAGCUGGAUCCCUCUCUGGGGUUGAUUGCCAAGCUGGGUCAACACAUACCCAUCAGUCGAUACAUGUCCACAGACAGCCAGAGGAUAGUUGGAGGAGUUCUGGUGGGCACGGGCCUGUGGGUCACCAUAAUCAUGGUUAUGAGGAAUGUCCUAAAGUGCCUGUUGUCGUGGCAUGGCUGGAUGCAUGCUCCCCAUGGCUCUGUGUCCUGGUCUAUUCGUCUGUGGAUGUUAUUAGUGAAGGUGUUCUCUGGCAGGAAGCCAAUGCUCUACAGUUUCCAGAACUCUUUGCCACGGCUACCUGUUCCCACUAUCAAGGACACCUGCAGAAGGCACCUGGAGUCAGUGCGCCCACUGAUGGAUGAUGAGAAGUAUGAACGGAUGGAGGGCUUGACUAAAGACUUUGAGAAGAACCUGGGACCCAGAUUGCAGUGGUACCUCAAACUCAAAUCCUGGUGGGCCUCCAACUAUGUCAGUGACUGGUGGGAAGAGUAUAUUUACCUCCGAGGCCGUGGGCCCAUCAUGGUAAACAGCAACUAUUAUGCCAUGGAUUUCCUGUAUGUGUUCCCCACCUCCAUCCAGGCUGCCAGGGCAGGCAAUGCAAUCCAUGCUAUCAUGCUCUACAGGAGAAAACUGGACAGAGCCCAGAUCAAACCAAUAUACUUGCUGGCAAACAAGAUUCCUCUGUGUUCGGCUCAAUGGGAGCAGAUGUUUAACACCAGCCGCGUCCCUGGUUUGGAGACAGACACCCUUCAGCACAUGAACGACAGCAAACACAUAGCUGUGUACCAUAAGGGCCGUUUCUUCAAAGUGUGGAUGUUUUAUGACGGACGGCUACUGUUGCCACGGGAGAUAGAGCAGCAGAUGCAGAGGAUCUUGGACGACCAGUCUGAGCCAUUGCCAGGAGAGGAGAAGCUGGCCGCGCUUACCGCAGGGGAAAGGACACCAUGGGCCAAGGCUCGUGAAACCUACUUCGCCCGUGGUAAGAACAAGCAGUCGCUGGACGCCAUUGAGAAGGCAGCCUUCUGUGUUACCCUUGAUGACACCGAGCAGCGCUACGAUGCAGACAACCCAGUCAAGUCUCUGGACAGCUAUGCCAAGUCCCUCCUCCACGGAAAGUGCUACGACAGGUGGUUUGAUAAAACCUUUAACCUGAUAGUUUUCAAGAAUGGCACAAUGGGACUGAACGCAGAGCAUUCCUGGGCAGAUGCUCCAAUCAUUGGCCAUCUGUGGGAGCACGUUCUUUCCUUGGACCCUAUAAAGUUGGGAUAUACUGAGGAGGGUCACUGCUGUGGGGAGCCUCACCCCAACCUGCCAGGUCCUCUAAAGCUGUCAUGGGACAUCCCUGCUGAGUGCCAGGAGGUCAUCGAGAGCUCUCUGACAGUAGCCAGAACUCUGGCUGAUGACGUGGACUCUCACAUUUUCCCCUUCAAAGACUUUGGCAAGGGUCUGAUUAAGAAGUGCCGCACCAGUCCUGAUGCCUUCAUCCAGAUCGCCCUACAGCUGGCCCAAUACAGGGACAAAGGCAAGUUCUGCCUGACAUACGAAGCCUCCAUGACACGUUUGUUCCGCGAGGGCCGAACAGAAACUGUGCGCUCCUGCACUAUGGAGACUUGUGCCUUUGUUCGUGCCAUGAUCAGAGACGAGACGAGAGAAGAGCGUCUCAGGUUGCUCAAGGUGGCUGCAGAGAAGCACCAAAACAUGUACCGCAUGGCAAUGACGGGAGAGGGCAUCGAUCGCCACCUUUUCUGUCUCUAUGUAGUUUCCAAAUACCUGGGAGAAGACUCACCCUUCCUCAAGGAGGUCCUGUCUGAGCCAUGGAGGCUGUCAACCAGUCAGACGCCUAUGCAGCAGGUUGAACUGUUUGAUCUGGUCAGACACCCUGAGUUUGUGUCCUCCGGAGGUGGAUUCGGUCCAGUGGCUGAUGAUGGUUAUGGUGUCUCCUACAUUAUUGUUGGUGAGAACCUCAUCAACUUCCACAUCUCCAGCAAACACUCAAGCCCAGAAACCGAUUCCCAUCGUUUUGGCGGCAACAUCAGACAGGCCAUGCUUGACAUCCUGGAUCUCUUCCAGCUCGACAAGAAAACCAAGUGAUUGGCCUCUCCAUGGGCAUAUUUAACAUAAAAAGUUGUUUUCAGCGAGAAAUGUAUUCUUCCUGAAGCUUGUACAGAAUCAAAUAUUGGACUUUGGGGUAUUUUAGGUUAAUUGUUACAGAAAUUACAGAAAUAAGGAUGAUUGAUAGGAAUUUGUCAAUAUAUUUGUGAGGCGUUCAUGUGUACUGUAUAUUGUAAGCAAGGUGAGAUUCUGGUGUUAUUGGGUACAGGUAGUGCACAGAUCAAAGUUUUCGACGUUCGCACGGGUGCCUCAGUGACCCACUUACACGAAACGGACAGAAAGGGAAGAGGGAAAUGAAAGCUCUAGUCUGAUAUCAAGUCUGUAUCGCCACACUAAGAGACAUUUCAGCUAAAGGAUUUUUCAGUAGCAUCAUCCAAUAUUUGAAUCACAUUUUAAGUUGAGAGGUGGAGCAAUAUUUUAACUAGUUUUUGUCCCAAUUUUGAAAAUCCUAUGACUUCUUUUAGUUUUUUUUUUUUAGGUUUCUUCUGGUCUCUCCAACUGCAGCACCUGAGUCGUGUGUAACUAGCCAAAGCGGCAAAUGGCUCGGUCUAAACACUAGGUCUGAUUUUCUAGGCUAAACAAUUUUCUCCAGUAAUCUUUUACCUACGGAGGCCAGAAGGAGUAAAACAGUUGAUCCAUGAUUAUAAGAAUAACAAAUAUUCAGCUUUGAUGUGGAAAGUGACCCUGUAUCAGUGUGGUCCUGGAUACCGACACAGAAGACUGGGAGCUACUUUCUAAUCAAUAGAUCAACGUUGCCUAUCUGACUCAAGUGCACAUGCAGUGUUUUCCUCCAGCUGCUGUGAUUUUAUGAUGAAGGGACAAAGACCGAUCAUUUUGUGCGUGUUUGUUGUUUUCAUACUCAGGUUUUUCUAACUUGGCCUAGUAUUGUAGGGUAUCGGAAGAUUAGCGCUUAUGUCGCCGUGUACGUGUGCAACAGUAGAAGAGAUUGAAAUGCAGAACAAUGCCAUGUGAUCCCGAUGAGCGGGUUGGGGGUAUAACAUUAAAAGUUUGCAGUGAAAGUAUGGCAGUGCGUGGCCGUCAGUGACCUUUCUUAUGUUACUUGUGUUAAAAAAAGAAUGGGUCAACUGUACUUUAACUCUGUUAUGCCCUCCGCGACUGGUCCUUUUAGUUCAAACUAACCAAUUCCUAGCUACAUUGGUAGCCUUUUGCCAGCUCAAGAUGAAUUGUCAACUUUUUAUGAGCAAAAAAGUUGUCAGUUACAGGUAUAGAGGUGUUUUAACUGUCAAUAUGAGGUGCCGAAUCGCUUAAUUGGUUGUGAUGUCUCUCCAGUACAGUAGUAAAUAGUUUUUCUCAGAGUAAUGCUUAGGAAGUGCAGAUAUACAGGGGCUGUCACAUAGGAAUCCAUUUCCGAAAUGUAUAUGUUGUCAGUUCAUUAUAUUUAUUUUUUUCUCUCCAUGUUUUAACCUCUGUUCACAAAACAAACAUGCAUAUUUACCAACUGAAUGCGGCGAAUGAUGAGCAAAAAGCCUCCUUUUUUUGAAAUGACGGUGUCAUCACUUGUUAUCACAGACUUUGCCAGUAUAUUGUAGUUGAAUGACCUCUUAUCUCGGUAGACCUCAUGUUUACACUGCUGCAUGGUUUUUGAAGAUUAAGCUGUAUAUGUUUGCCUUUUAAUUUAAAGAUGGUGUAAAAAGGCAGGCAGCUGAUAUACCAAAAUGAGUUCUAACAAUAAAGUGAAUGUCCAACA